AUGGCAACUACACCCUUUACCGUCGUCGCGGACUACGCGUACGAGUCCGCAGAGCCUGACGACCUACAGUUUGAUGAGGGUCAGGUUAUAACCGUCGAUAACGUUGAAGACGAGGAAUGGUACUAUGGCUCUUAUACUGACUCUGCUUCUGGACAAGUCAAGAAGGGCAUCUUUCCUCAGAACUUUGUCCACGCCUAUACCCCACCAAAGUCUGCUGGCCGCAAAGCCCCUCAACCACCAGGCCCACCGGCAGCUGCUGAACCAGCUCCAGCUUCUCCACCUGCUGCUGCUCCAGUUGCUUCUGCUCCGGCUCCAGCUCCAGUUGCUGUUCCGGCUCCUGCUACCGCGUCUGCUCCUGCGCCAGCUCCUGCACCCUCAGCUAGUUUCACGUCUGCGGAACCUGCGACUUCCGGCUCGCCGGUCAAGAAGAAGAAUGCUUUCUCUGACCGUAUUGCUGCUUUUAACCAGACGGAGCAGCCACCUCUUGUGCCCUUUUCACAACCAAAGGUGCAGUCUUUUGUCAAGAAACCUUUUGUUGCUGCACCUUCCAAUUCGUACAUUCCGAGUUUUCCACCGCCUAUUCAUAACACGGCCCACACUCUUGGUGAACGCGUGCCGCAUGCGGCACCCCCACCAGAAAACAUUGUUCAUCGCGACGAUCCUGAAGAAGAGGAAAGAGAGCAGCCUCGUGUUAGUCUCAAGGAUAGAAUCAGACUUCUUCAGCAGCAGCAGCAGGAAGAGCAGGCUCGCAUUGAUCAGUUGACUAAAAAGAAACAUAAGCAAAAGCCCAAGAAGGAAGAAGCAACUCCUACGUCAGAAAGCAGUGCAGGAAUUGAGUCUGCAGUUUCUCCUGAUGGCUUAGAGGCUGCACACACGGGGGAGUCUCAAUUGACUUCUCCAGAAAGCACACAACCACCUGUUAUUCCUCCGGUGACGUUCCCUCAUGAGGAUACUGGAGAGCAAAGUACUGAGGGUGGACAGCAAAAUCCCCCCAUUUUUGCAGCCAUACCAGGUGCACCAUUACCCGUGCCACCUACGUCAGGAGAGCAUUUAGACCGAGAUGCACCUGAAACUCAGGGUGAGGAAGAGAAAGAUGAGGAAGAGGAUGAUGAGGAAGAAGAAGAAGAUGAAGAAGAAGAUGAAGAAGAUGAGGAGGAGGCUAGAAGAAUUGCUCUUCGCGAACGUAUGGCUAAGAUUUCGGGUGGCAUGGGUAUGAUUGGUAUGAUGAAUCCAUUUGGUUUCCCUGGUGGCGCUCCUGCCCCUAAGCCUAAGAAGAAGCAACCCAAAAAAAAGGAAGAGGAAAAUAUUGAUCAUCCAGAAAUGCAACAGGCUCCAGUUCCAAUUUUGCCUGGGUUUAACCUGGGUGAACUUCCUGGCGCCCUGAAACCUCAGCAGAAAGAAGCUGAAGAGAGCGAGACAGAAGACCAACAGCGAUCUGCUCCACAACCUGAACAACAGACUCAUAGACCACUUCCUCCAGAGCCUGUUGCUCCGACUUCUCCGGUUUCCCCUGUUGCACCUUCUUCGGCUCCCAUUGUUCCGCCUACAUCUUCCCAAGCUGCUCCUGUUGCACCUUCUAUUCCUAUCACUCCAGUAGCCCCUGCUGCACCUAGUGUGCCAGUAGUUCCCACUCUUGACUCACAUGCGGAUACAUUUUCCUCCACUUCUUCUCCACCGGUUUUGCCUCCUGUUCAGAUUCAAGGUCAACGCAAUGACUUGAGUUCUGUAAUUGAUUCGUAUCGUGACGAUUCCGAUGAUGAUGAAGACGAUGGAGACUGGGGUGAUGACGGUGCUACCAAUAAACCUCAGCACACACAUGCUCCUCCCCCACCUCCUCCUGUGACUGCUUCUUUGCCUCCUGCUCCUGAAUCUCAUGUUGAAUAUAGAGCUCCUCCCCCACCUCCUCCUACCGAGUCCAGAAGCAUUUUGCCAAACAUUAAUACUUCGCCCAUUUUGUCAUCCUCACAACCUGAAAGUCCUGAUGUGGCUUCUGUCCAACGCUCUAAGUCCACCCGCAGCAAACGGGAUUCAUUUAACCUUAAUUCCAUGAAAAAGAGCCUUGACUACGAUGAAGUUGCAGAGGAAGAAUUAGGUGACGAUGAGCAGACCGAGUCUGAAGAUAGCCGUCGGCCACUUCCUUCUACACAAGAGUUUAAAAACACAGCUGGUAAUCGCAAUUCAUAUAUUGCUGGUAGUGGAAUGAUUCCGCCGAUUCCCAUGUCGCCAUUGGCAGCACAAAAUAGUGGUUCUCAAGCUUUGAGUCCGCGCGGUCUACCACCGCCACCUCCUCCAACUUCUGCCCCUGCUGCUGCUGUUGCAGCUCCAGCUGUUCCAUCUAUUCCUGCAGUUCCUGCAGUUCCUUCAGUUCCUGUAGUUCCUGCAGUUCCUGCGGCUGCUCUACAAUCCGUGCCGCCAGUGCCAAGAACCACCAUUAAUAGCGACAUGUCUUUACCUUCGAGUCCUCCACCACCACCACCUCCAGCUCAAGCACCACCUUUGAUUCCGUACCGGAACUUGAUUCCAGCGGAGGAGCCUGGCGAGUCAUCUAGCGAGGUUACUGGGUAUGAAGCUGAUGAAGACACAGAUUUGAACCAUUCUGCUUCUAUUGAAGAUGAGUUCCAUAAUGCGUCGUCUUCACCGUCGGUUCCAAGAUCUGCGGCUCCACCACCACCACCACCACCUCACUCGCAAAGUUCUCCUUCACUUGGACAUGCAAAAACACCUUCUGUCCAGUCACCGCGUGCUCCUCCACCACCCCCUCCUGGAGCUUCUGCUGUUCAUCAGCCACAGAAAUCCAAUACUAUUCGUCAGGUUCCUCCCGAAUCAGCUGCGAGAUCUCCUGAUUCUGAUGUUUCAUCAAACAGAUUUAGUUUCCGCCGCACGUCAUCGGAGCUCUCGCGUUCCAACUCGAAGCGCCAUUCGCAGGCAAACAGCGUUUCAUCAUUUGUUUACGAGGAGCCUGUGGAGCUUCCCAAGACAAUUGACUUGAGCGGUGAGACAGGUGCUUGGUGGGCAUCACCUGAGGGUGUUCCACGAACGUUGCUUAAUCGCCGGGACGUUCGCUACGAAGUUGAAGAGCAGGCUUUGCACAAACGUUCUGGGUUGAACGUGACUGUGCGGGACAUUUACGUUUUGUUUGGAGACUUAUCUCAGGAAGUGAUUACAGUUGAGUUUGGUCCAAAUAUUAAGACACCUUCUGUGUUUGUCAACCAGGUUGCAGCACCCAACACCCCCAAAACUGAGGCACUUGCUUCUGCAUACGAACGUUAUGGACAUCGUGUACUAGAUAUUGUGAUGCGGUCGCCAACUGCUGGGCUGAUUGUACCAUCUGGGUCAGUUAACGGGUACGUUGAGGGUCUUUUGACUCAAGUUCCAGGUGCGCUUUUGCCUGCUGGCAGCACGUAUGGAGCGCUGAUUUACCAAAACAAAAACAAUGCAACUGUGCGACAGUUUGAUGAGGUGCGUCCUGGUGAUGUUGUUGUACUUCGUGGGACACGGUUCUCUGGGCACCGGGGUAGCUUGCAUCAAAAGUACACUGUGGAAGCUGGCCGUGGGGGUGAGGCUGUUGCGGGAGUAAUUUAUGAGUACGAUUCCAAUAAGCGCAAGGUACGUGUUGUUCUUCCUGAGGAGGGUGUUGCUGGAGGGAAGUUGAAGCAGGAAGGGUUCCGGAUCAAUGAUCUUAAGAGUGGCGAGGUUUCAGUGUACCGAGUUGUCGGGCGGGAUUUUAUCGGCUGGUAA